CUUUCACGUCACUUCGUCAUACGCAGCCUUCGUUACGACAUCGAGGAGCGUUACAACGAAACGAAACGAUACGAAAGCCGAAGAACGACACAGCCCGCGGAAGGCGUCGGUGUCGCGACGCUCUGUCGACGAGCCUCCACUUGCUUCUCAUCUUCCUCAUCCUCGUGUUCGACGUCGCGUGAGCAGCAGCUAGCGCCGCGAUUUACCGUCGCCCGGCGAGACGAGAUUUUUGGCAGGCGUUUUGGAGCGCAGUUUGAGCACGGCGAGCGAGCGAGUUGCGACGCCGGGCGAGAGGGAAAACAGAGAAAGAGGGAGAGAGCUCACCUCUCGAGGUCAAGUUUUCUCGGGUGUUCCUCGGGCUUUUGGAAGCUGACACGUCGACAAAAGUCUACCGGUCAUACAGUUUGACAGUUGAUACGCGAGGGAGAGUUAAAAAAAAGAGCGAGAGAGAGAAAGAGAGAGAGAGAAAGAGAGAGUGAGGUACGGUAACAACGCAGAGUAGAGUCGUGUGGUGGUACAGAUAAGUGGGAUCGAAGCUGAAACCCCAAGCGAAAGGAACCGAUUCGAACGCGGAAGAGCGGGAAAUCGAGGCGCGCGCUCUUAUGUUGAGCGCGCGUGAUUUGUGACUGUCACAUCGCACACGAGCGCACUCUAAACACAUACCGGCGAGAUGGCGUCCAACCGCAGCGUACUAGAUCGCCUGUCAUGCAGGCAGGUGCUGAACAUCAUGGUGAUCCUCGGCUUCAUGCUGAACUACAUGCUGCGCGUGAAUCUCACAAUAGCGAUCGUCUCGAUGGUGACGCCGAGCAACAGCAGCCUGUCCCCGCAUGCCAACGAGUCGGUGGACGAGUGCGGUGCCCGGGCGACGGUGACGAGCGACGUCAGCCCGAUCGACGACACCAGAGGCCCGGUGCAGAUCGACGUCGACGCAGCCGCUAAUAGAGUCAACGAGACGAACGGCACCGCGCUCUUAUCGGCGUUCCCACAGCGACACCCGGAGGAGCGAGUUCAGACCAAGUACCCGUGGAACGAGUACGAGGUGAACCUGAUCCUCGGCAGCUUCUUCUGGGGUUACAUCUGCACGGAGCUACCGGGCGGUCGGCUCGCAGAAAUCAUCGGCACUAGACGGGUAUUCGGCUACAGCAUGCUGAUAGCGAGUCUCAUCACCCUGCUGACGCCGUUAGCCGCCGCCCUUGGCUACGCGGUGGUCGCGGCAUUGAGAGUCGUACUGGGAUUCAUGCUGGGUGCCACCUGGCCUGCGAUCCAGCCAAUGACUGCUCGAUGGAUUCCACCGACGGAGCGUAGCAAGUUCGUCUCUAACAUGAUGGCCUCGUCGCUCGGCGCCGCGAUCACCAUGCCGAUAUGCGGCUAUCUCAUCGCCUCGCUCGGUUGGGAGUCGGUCUUCUAUGUGACCGGCGCGAUUGGCGUUACAUGGAGCGCGGCGUGGUUCUUGCUGGUGUUCGACUCGCCAUCGCAGCAUCCGCGCAUCAGCCACGAGGAGCGGCGUUAUAUCGAGGACGCCAUCGGAGUCACCGCCACCGCCAAGCACCUGCCAGUGCCCUGGCGGUCGCUCCUCACCUCGACGUCCGUCUGGGCUAUCGUUGUGACGCACGCGUGCAGCGUCUUCGGCUACUUCACCGUGGUCAAUCAACUGCCCACUUACAUGAAGUACAUCUUGCACUUCAACAUUAAGGAGAACGGCCUGCUGUCCUCGCUGCCAUAUCUCGGCAAGUAUGUCUUCGCGGUGUCCACGUCCACCUUGGCCGACUACUUGCGUCGCACCAACAAGUUGUCCGUCACGGCGAUACGUAAAAUCUUCACAACGCUCGCCGUGAUACCGCCCAGUGUUCUCAUGGUGAUCCAAGCGUAUUACGGUUGCGAUCGCGCAGCCUCGGUCGUCAUUUUCACCGUCGCCCUGACGAUAAACGGCGCUGUGACGGCCGGUUAUCUGGGUAACGGUCUCGACAUCGCGCCCAAUUUCUCGGGCACCAUAUUCGGCAUCGCCAACACCUUCAGCUCAUUGGGCGGCUUCCUCAGUAGCUUCAUGGUCGGCACCAUCACGUACCAAAAUCAGACCUACACGCAGUGGACCAUCGUGUUCUGGACUCUGGCGACCAUGUACUGCAUCAGCGGGCUCACCUUCCUGAUAUUCGGCACCGGCGAGCUCCAGAAGUGGAACAAUCCGGCGGAGAGAGUGACGAAGAAGAGCACCACCGUCGAGGACGGCAACGACUUCGUCGAAUCGUUUCCGCUCACAAGUAAGAAGACGAUUUCGUAGCGGCGCGAACGUGGAAGUUGGGACUGGUCGGAGAGAUUGCGAGAGGUGAGCGAAAUGACGUGGUCCAUCGCGAUCUUGGCGCGUACACUGAGAAAAAAUACUUAAAAAUCUAUUCGUGGGACAUAAAACUUAUUUCUUGCGAAUGAACUUUACAUCCCACAAAUAAAUUGUCAAGUAUCUCAUUCUCCGGAUACCUCGUCGACGCGAUGCAUAUUCCAGACGGGACAGUAUUCGUUUUUAUUCUCCGCGACAUCCAGUGCGGUCGGUAAACGUUUAGAAACCUUUCAACAAACUUCAAGCGAUAGCCCGUGAGAUGCAAGUUGUUUCACACUGCCUGGUAAGUUCGCGCUUAGAGAAUCGCGUCUUUUAUUUCUCUACGAUAUCGGCGGUAACUUAUUGUCGCGAUUAUUUCCCGUUUUAUACUUAGUGCGCGAGAAUUCGAGAAAAAAUUACACUACCAAGGUAAAGGCCUCGAUUUUUUUUUUUUUAUAGUUUUUACAUUAGAUUCGCUUCCUUUAGUUCCGCCAAGUCUAGGGUUGGAUGAUGAUACAGUGCGUUUUUAUUCACUUUUUAUCAAUACCGAUGUACUGUAAGUGCGGCUAUCAAAGAGAAACGAGCGAGUAGCGGCGUUUUAGCUUAGACUAAGCGUUUACACGACAUCAGCCGAUAAUACGAAUUUAUAAAUAAAUAUGCGAUUUUUAGCAA